GCAGGACCGGGACAGACAGACCCGGACCAGACCCGGACCAGCAUGGACACCAGCGGGGCCCAGAGCCCGAGGCCGGACGAGCUGCUGUUCUUCGUUAACGGACAGAAGAUUGUUGAGAGAAACGCAGAUCCUGAGACGACUCUGCUGACGUACCUGAGGAGGAAACUGGGUUUAACAGGAACCAAACUAGGAUGUGCUGAAGGAGGAUGUGGAGCCUGUACCGUCAUGCUGUCCAGAUACCAGACCCACACUGAACAGCUGCUUCACUACGCCGUCAACGCCUGUCUCGCCCCGCUCUGCUCCCUACACCUGGUUGCCGUGACGACCGUGGAGGGCAUCGGCAGUGUCGCGAAAAAAUUACAUCCUGUACAGGAGCGAAUAGCCAGAGCUCACGGCUCUCAGUGUGGAUUCUGUACUCCGGGGAUCGUCAUGUCCAUGUACGCUCUGCUGAGGAACAACCCCACGCCCAAAAUGGCCGACGUGGAGGAGGCCUUCCAAGGAAAUCUGUGUCGGUGCACCGGAUACAGACCCAUACUGGAGGGAUACAAGACCUUCACUGUGGAGGGGGGGUGCUGUGGUGGCAGGGGGCGGGACAACGGCUGCUGUAUGGCCAAUGGGAGUGGAGCUGAGAGAAGUUCAGAGGAAGUCGUUGAUGAAGCAACAUCUUUAUUUAACGCAGCAGACUUCGCGCCCUUUGACCCCACACAGGAAGUCAUCUUCCCUCCUGAACUCAUGUCUCUCACCAAAGGUCAAAGGUCAGCCUCGCUGUGUUUCCAUGGCGACCGGGCGACGUGGCUGCAGCCAAACAGUCUGGACGAGUUUCUGCGUCUGAAAUGGAAACACCCCGACGCCCGGGUGGUGGUGGGAAACACCGAAGUGGGUAUCGAGGUGAAGUUUAAGAGCAUGGUGUACCCGGUCAUCCUGGCUCCGGCCUUCAUGCCUGAGCUGAACGCAGUGAGACGCUCUGAGGACGGCGUUGUGUUCGGUGCAGCGUGCACGCUCAGCCACAUGGGGGCGGUGCUGAGGCAGGAAGUGGAGACUCUUCCUCCUCACCAGACCCAAGUCUUCCUCGCCGUUCUAGAACAGCUGCGCUGGUUCGCUGGACUGCAGAUCCGCAACGUCGCUGCCGUCGGAGGAAACAUCAUGACAGCCAGCCCCAUCUCAGACCUGAACCCAGUGUUCAUGGCAACGGGCUGCAAACUCACCCUGAUGGACAAAGACGGCAGCCGUGUGGUUCGGAUGGACGACACGUUCUUCACCGGCUACAGAAGGACGGUGGUUCGACCCCAGGAGAUCCUGGUGUCCAUAGAGAUCCCGUACAGCCAGAAGACUCAGUUCGUCUCCGCCUUCAAGCAGUCGCCUCGCCGCGAGGACGACAUCAGCACCGUCACCGCGGCGAUGAGCGUCACCUUCACUCCCGGGACCGACGUGGUGGAGGACCUGAGGCUGAGCUACGGCGGCAUGGCGGCCACCACCACGAUGGCCACCAGGACGGCGGAGACGCUGCUGGGGAGGCGGUGGGGGGAGGAGCUUCUGCAGGACGCCUGCUCCUCAUUGGCCCAGGAGAUGACCCUCGACCCCUCUGCGCCGGGCGGCAUGGUGACGUACCGGCGGACUCUGUCCCUGAGCCUCUUCUACAAGUUCUACCUGACGGUUCUGCAGAAGCUCAGAGACCAGGGGGUGAAAGCGGACGAGGUCCGGGCCGACUGUCUGAGCGCCGCAGACGUGUACCAUGCAGAGACCCCGUCCAGCGUUCAGGUCUACCAGGCGGUGCCGGAGGGGCGGGUCCAGGACGACGUGGUGGGCCGUCCCAUGAUGCACCUGUCGGCCCUGAAGCAGGCGACGGGCGAGGCGGUUUACUGCGACGACGUGCCGCUGUACGAGAACGAGCUCUACCUGUCACUGGUCACCAGCACCAGAGCCCACGCCAACAUCCUCUCCAUAGAUACCUCAGCAGCAGAGCAGUUACCUGGCGUGGUCUGCUGUGUGUUUGCCGCCGACAUCCCCGGCAGCAACGCCACCGGAGCGGUCCAGUACGACGAGACCGUCCUCGCCGACCGACAGGUGACGUGUGUCGGUCACAUCAUCGGCGCCGUGGUGGCCGACACCCAGCUUCACGCUCAGAGAGCCGCCAAAGCCGUCCGGAUCCAGUACGAAGAGCUGCAGCCGCUGGUCACCAUCCAGGAGGCCAUAGCUGCCCAGUCCUUCUAUCAGCCAAUCAGAACCCUCCAGAGUGGGGACCUAGAGGCGGGGUUUAAACAGGCCGACCACGUCCUGGAGGGUGAGAUGCACAUGGGAGGUCAGGAACAUUUCUACCUGGAGACAAACGUCUCUCUGGCUGUUCCUCGAGGAGAAGAUGGAGAGAUAGAGCUCUUUGUUUCUACUCAGUCUGCUGCCAAAACACAGUCUCUGGUGGCCAAGGCGCUGGGCGUCCCUGCAAACAGGGUGGUGGUCCGGGUGAAGAGGAUGGGUGGAGGCUUCGGGGGGAAGGAGACUCGAACCACCGUGUUGUCCACUGUGGUCGCCGUGGCAGCAAACAAGCUGAAGAGGCCUGUGAGGUGCAUGUUGGACAGAGACGAGGACAUGUUGGUGACGGGAGGACGACACCCCUUCUACGGGAAAUACAAGGUGGGUUUCCUAAACAGUGGGAAGGUCGUUGCUUUGGACGUGUCGUACUACAGCAACGCUGGAAACUCCAUGGACCUGUCUCUGUCGAUCAUGGAGCGCGCUCUGUUCCACAUGGAGAACUCGUACAGCGUGGCCAACGUGCGCGGCCGCGGCUUCAUGUGCCGCACCAACCUGCCGUCCAACACGGCCUUCAGGGGCUUUGGAGGGCCGCAAGGCAUGAUGAUCGCUGAGAGCUGGAUAACCGACGUGGCUCAGAGUCUGGGCAGGCCGGCCGAGGAAGUGCGCCGGUUGAACCUGUACGUGGAAGGAGAGUCCACGCCCUACACCCAGAUCCUGACUCAGUUCACCCUGGACCGCUGCUGGGACGAGUGUCUGUCCCGCUCUGGAUACCAGCAGCGUCGAGCCGCCGUCAACAUUUACAACAGUCAGAACCGGUGGACCAAACGAGGCCUCGCCAUCGUCCCCACCAAGUUCGGCAUCAGCUUCACCGCCCUCUUCCUCAACCAGGCUGGAGCUCUGGUUCAUAUCUACACCGACGGCUCGGUGUUGUUGACCCACGGAGGGACGGAAAUGGGACAAGGCCUCCACACCAAGAUGAUCCAGGUUGCCAGCCGGGUUCUGGGUAUCCCCUGUUCAAAGAUCCACAUCUCAGAGACCAGCACCAACACAGUCCCCAACACCAGCCCCACCGCCGCCUCCGCCUCCUCGGACCUCAACGGGGCCGCUGUGCAGAACGCCUGUGAGAUCCUCGUGAAACGCCUGGAGCCGUAUAAGACCAAGAGCCCCAAAGGAUCAUGGGAAGACUGGGUGCGAGCAGCGUAUUUCGACAGAGUCAACCUCAGUGCAAACGGUUUUUACAAGACUCCAGAUCUUGGUUACGACUUUGUCUCAAACUCGGGCCGAGCGUUCAACUACUUCACCUACGGAGUGGCCUGUUCAGAGGUGGAGGUCGACUGUCUGACCGGAGCUCACAAGAACCUGAGUACCACCAUAGUGAUGGACGUCGGUCACAGCCUCAACCCGGCUAUAGACAUCGGACAGGUGGAGGGGGGGUUCAUGCAGGGUCUGGGUCUCUUCACCCUGGAGGAGCUCCAUUAUUCGCCCCAGGGCGUCCUCCUCACUCGGGGUCCUGGUUCUUAUAAGAUCCCGGCUUUUGGUGACAUCCCCACCCAGCUGACCGUCUCGCUGCUCCGGGACGCCCCGAACGACAAGGCCAUCUUCGCCUCCAAGGCUGUCGGAGAGCCGCCUCUCUUUCUGGCCUCGGCGAAUUUCUACGCCAUCAAAGAUGCCAUCGCUGCCGCCCGGCUGGAGUCGGGCAUCAGCGGUCCGUUCAGGCUGGACAGCCCCGCCUCCUCCGAGAGGAUCCGCAACGCCUGCAGCGACAGAUUCACCAAACUGUGUCCUCCAGCAGAACCCAGUUCCUUCGUCCCCUGGUCCGUCCAAGUCUAGGACCAGAGACGGAGGAAACCAGCACCGAUGGUCACCGGAGAAUCUGUAAAACCACUAAACUACCAAUCAGCCAUCAUCUGCGUACGCACAUUCACUAACUGAUCAGGACUUCAGUAACAGUUCAUGAAGUCAGCUACUGUUUAAUACGAACUAACUUUAAUUAACACUUUGUAUAACCGAAAUAUGCCGUUAGCCUUUAGCUAACAGGCAGCUUAUAAUCUUCUAAUCUUCUUAACAAUAUUUCACUGUGAAACAUGUUGCAUGAACCAAACAUAGUUAUUUCAGCUGAUGUCAUCUGAUGUUAAUCAGUAUAUAUUAAUCGUUUACAUUGAUUGGUGCUACAGUUUAACCUCCAUGUUCAUUCACAUCACAAUGAAAUAUGAUGUACGUUAGAUAUGAAUUAUAAUCAUGUUGAUGGAAAUGUUGCACUGUAUGAAUGAAAUAAAUAAAGCACAUUUUGAUGGAUGUUUAUUAAUAAUAAACAUCAUUCAGCCCGUAGUCUACUGACGAUGUCAUACUCUUUGAUGGUAGAUUUAUGGUGUAAAUCAACCGUUUUUUCUCAAUCAUGCGUUAAAAUUAACAGUUGCUUUAAAGCAGAGCAACUUAAUGAGAUUAAAUCAGAUUUUUACCUUUUAAACUACAUUUUAAAAGUUCCUCCAACUUCAUUUGUUUGUAAUUUGAGCUCCAAAGAUAAGACCCUGACAACAUAGGACACUAAUCAUAGGACACUCGGAACAAAGGACACUAGUGGGAAAACAGGACACUAAACAUUGGACACUAGUGGGAAAAUAGGACACUAAACAUAGGACACUAAACA